AUGGCUUCAACAAGUAAGACCGGAUUUCCUAUCAAGAAAGAAAUAUUGCAGGGCUUGUUCGCAGGCGAACCCAGUGAAGGAAGUGCCAGCGAAUCUUCGGAUGAAGAUGUCUCCAUUGCAUCGUAUGACUGUGAUCAACCGGAUGACGAUUCCGAAAUGUCUGCUUCGGAGAAUGAAUAUGAUUCACCUUCAUCCCCAGAGGAAACGGCUGCGUUCAUCCAACCAAAGGGGUCACGAGUGCGGGCCACUCCAGCACCGGAUUCUGCCGAGGCAAGCGCACCGGCAAAAUGUGGUCGUCCAGCGAGACAGGGCUGCGCACUGCAACCCCCAUCCCCGCUAGAGGCUCCGUACCAGCCACCCGCUGCUGGCGGGGUUACAGCCAGGGACGGGACGGUGUGGAGUGAUCUGUCGGUCCCAUCAGCGAAGGCGGCAACGAGAAAUAUCUUGACGGAGGCAAUGGGCUCUAAGAAUCUGGGAGGGGCAUCAUCACCGCUCGAGCUUUUCAACCUGUUCUUCCCAAUUACCAUGCUAGAGAUCAUCCUGCGCUAUACUAAUGAAGAGGGACUGAUCAAGAGAGGAUUUGCUUGGGUCAACUGCAGCAUGAUGGAGCUGCGGUCUUUCAUCGGUCUCCUCUUCUUUCUUGGUUUGACCAAAUCGGGCCACGAGAGGGUCAAGACAUUUUGGCGACCGGGUUUCUUCUCCAGACCACUCUGUGAGUGCACAAUGGCAGGGAAACGAUUUCAGGACAUACUUGGAAUGCUUUGUUUCGACGAUAGGAACACUAGAGCUGAACGUAAGGCCACAGACAAUUUUGCGCCCAUGAGGGAUGUUUUCGAAAUAUUCCGGUCUGCCCUCGUUCAUCAUUUCAGUCCAAGUGAGAACCUGACAGUGGAUGAACAGUUAGUUGCCUUCCGCGGACGCUGCAGUUUCAAGCAGUAUAUGCCCAAGAAACUGGCCAAAUAUGGACUGAAAUUUUGGGCAUCAGUAGACAGCAACACCCACUACAUCCACAAUAUGCAGCCCUAUAUCGGCAACGAACAAGGCCGAAGCGAAACCGAGCUUGGUGCUCGAGUCGUCAAAGAUUUGGUGGAACCAGUCUUUGGGACUGGACGGAAUGUUACGGCCGAUAGUUUCUUUGUGAGCAAGGCUUUAGCCGACUACUUAUGGACAAAGAAAAUGACCCUUGUCGGCACCAUCAAGGAGAAUCGUAAGGAGGUGCCCGAUGACAUGCGCAAGGAACAAGUCCGAAACAGGCAAGUCAAGUCAUCGCACUUUCGAUUUUCAGGUUUGAACACUCUUGUUUCUUUUGUGCCGAAGCAACAUAGAAAUGUAUUGCUUCUGUCGUCAAUGCACCAUGAUGCUACCACCAAUCCAAUGAGCCAAAAGCCCGAGAUCAUCGACUAUUAUAAUUCAACGAAGGCCGGUGUGGACACUGUUGACCAAAUGUGCAGUAUUUACAACUGUGCCCGUAUUUCCAACCGAUGGCCCAUGGUGGUUUUCUUCCACCUGAUGAACUGUGCUGCCAUCAACGCCUACGUGUUGUUUCGGCAGGUACAUCCGCGAGCCACAACCACCCGGCAUGAUUUCUUGGAAGAGCUCAUUGUGGGUCUGACGCUACCACAAAUAGAAAUCAGACGACGGUACCCCGAACGCCUCCGCCAACACACAAUCGAUGCCUUUGCCUAUGUUGGCAAGAAGGUGGUGCGUCAGGCCAAACAUCAAGAUCCAGCAACCCAUCACGCCCGUGCAGACUCGGGAAGAUGUCGGCUUUGCCGCCCUGGAGAGAAAAGGAGGUCAACUCGAGUGUGUAAUAGCUGCAGUCGUUUCGUUUGCAUGCAACACUCUCGGGUGAAAACAAAGAGAGAUUUUGAAUGCCAGGACUGUGGAAUCGCAUUGUAG